AUGGACAUCAAACCCCUUUCCCCCGUGUCUAGCAAGAAAGACGGCACACAUGUGUCCAUUAGUGAGGACGAUGCCUUGCAGAAUGUCCUGGUCGAAUAUUCAGCCUAUUCACGGGAGCAGAUUGCAGCCAUUGAACGGCGCCUGAAGCUCAAGCUGGACCUGCGCCUCUUCUCCUGCUUAAUCAUAAUGUACAUUCUCAACUACAUCGACCGCAACGCACUUCCCAUCGCGAAGCUCGUCGGCAUCGAGAGUGAAUUGGGCUUGAGUUCUACAGACUACGCCUCGUGUCUCUCUAUCCUAUAUGUCGGAUAUUUGCUCAUGCAGAUCCCGAGCAAUUUGAUGCUCUCUCGCAUGCGUCCAUCGCUGUAUCUGCCCGGGGCAAUGAUCAUCUGGGGCUGUGUCUCGGCCUCGACGGCCGCAACUCAUAACUUUGCGCAGUUGAUGGGCGUCCGGCUGGUGCUCGGCUUCUUCGAAGCCCCCUUUUUCGCCGGCGCCGUCUUUCUCUGUUCUAGCUGGUAUAAAGCCAGCGAGCUGAGCCUGCGCAUUGCCAUCCUCUUUGGUGGCAGUAUGCUUUCUGGUUCGUUUGGCAGUCUCAUGGCUCUGGGUAUCACCGACACCAUGGCCGGUGUCCAUGGGUUGUCCAGUUGGCGCUGGUUAUUCAUCAUUGAAGGAGGAAUGACAAUUGGAUUUGCCAUUCUGUCCAUGUUCAUCCUUCCUAACUAUCCCCAUAACACGCGAUGGCUCAGCAAGGAAGAAGCCGUCGUUGCCCAGGUUCGCCUACUCGAUGAGCUGGGGAAUGAAGGCGACGAUUCUUCCUUCUGGCAGGGAAUGUCUUUGAUGCUCUCUGACCCCAAGGCCUGGAUUAUGAUGACCAACCACCUUCUCAUCACCAUCACCGCCAGCUUCACCAAUUUCUUCCCAACCAUCAUGGCCACCCUCGGGUUCGAUACUCGGAUCACAUACGCCCUGCUCUCUGUCCCCUACCUGACCGGCCUCUGCAUCGUGCUGUUGACUUGCUGGUACGCCGACCGCCAGCGUCAGCGCGCAUACUGGAUCGUAGGAAAUCUCGCCGUCUGCAUGGUGGGCAUCGCCAUCGUGGGAGGCACACUGAACAUCCCGGCCCGUCUGAUUGCCUCUAUUCUAAUGGUCUCGGGCGUCACCUCCGCCUCCAACAUCAACCUAGCCUGGAUCGGCACGUCGAUCCCCUCCCCCAAGGGCAAGCGUGCCGCCGCUGUCGCUGCCGUCAAUAUGGUCGGCAAUCUGGGUAACGUCAUCGGUAGCUAUCUCUUCCCCGACAAUCAGGCUCCUCGAUAUCCUAUGGCGCUGGGAGUCGAGGGAGGUGGCGCCAUUCUUGCCAUCAUCGGCGUUUUGCUCUAUCGACUCUAUCUCGCCCGCCAGAAUCAGAACUCUUUUGCCUAUGUUCUGUAA